AUGGGUUCGAAUCACACGGUGCUCACGGGUGGCUGCCCAGGAGGUGGCCCUCCCAACGCCAGCCCGGCCGGGCCGGACCUGACGGAAUACAUGGUGCUGAGCGUCCCCCAGAAAACGGCGGUGGCCGCCCUGUAUUCGGUGGCGGGGGCCCUGUGCAGCCUGGAGAACGCCGCCGUCCUCUUCCUCAUCGCCUCGUGCCGCCAUCUGAGGCGCAAACCCUCCUACCUGUUCCUCGGCAGCCUGGCGGGGGCCGACCUCCUGGCCGGCCCCGUCUUCGUCUGCAGCUUCGUGGACUUCCACGUCCUCAACCGGGCGGCCUCCCGGGAGGGUUACCUGCUGAAGCUCGGGGGGGUGACCCUGGUGUUCACGGGCUCCGUGGGCAGCCUGCUGCUGACGGCGGGCGACCGCUACCUGUGCCUGGGCCGGCCGGCUCGCUACAAGGCCCUCCUCACGCCGGGGAGGGCCGUGGCGGCCCUGGCGGGCAUGUGGCUGGCCACGGCGGCCCUGUCCUUCCUCCCGCUCCUGGGCUGGGGCUGCUGCGGGCCGAGCUGCUCGCAGCUGUUCCCCUGGGUGCCGGGCGCCUUCCUCCUCUCCUGGAUCGUCCUCCUGACGGGGCUGCUCCUGGCCAUCGUGCUGGCCUACGCGUACGUCCUGCGGCUGGCCCGCCGGCACGCCGCCGGCCUGGCCGGCCGCCGGGCCGCCGGGUCCCGCCUGAGGCUGGACGUGCAGCUGGCCAAGACCCUGGGGCUGGUGUUGGCCCUGCUGAUCGGAUGCUGGGCGCCCGUGCUGGCCUUCAUGGCCUACAGCCUGGCCGCCCCUCUGAGCGGGCCCGCCAAGCGGGCCUUCGCCUUCUGCUCCAUCCUGUGCCUGCUCAACUCCGCCGUCAACCCGGUGGUCUACGCCCUGAGGAGCGGCGACCUCCGGACCGCCGCCCGUCGCCAGCUGGCCGGCUGGAGGAGGGGGCCCAGGGGGGCCCAGGACCCCGACGAUCCCCGCAAAUCUUCGGCCACGGAGACGGAGGGCGGGCCGGGGGCCUGA